AUUUUAAAUUAUACUGACAAAGUGAACUAGAUUAUAACAGUAAUUAUAUAAUUUCAUAUAACUGCCAAACAAAGCCUCAAUAAAUUAGUAUUUCGAUGGAUAAUAUAGAUACAGUUCGCUCAGAAUAUGUGGUCGAGUAUUACAACUCGUGGUUCGAAAGCAAAUACCUCUGCAUUCAGAUGGAGUACUGUUCGCAGAAUUUACGGACUAUUCUUGUAGUAAAGCCACAAAUAUUUGGACGACAAUUGGGUGAAGCCAUCGAUUGUGUCGAGUAUUUCGUUUCGUGUGAAAUAUUCCGUCAGAUCUUAGAAAGUGUUCAACUAAAUGAACGUGUGAUAAUAGCCGGAUACUAUUUGCUAAUAACCCGAAUUAGGCUCAAGGACAAGAUGAUGGUGGCACUGGUUAUGGGAUCACUAAUGAUGACCACCCUAAUGAUUCGUAUAAUGAUCGUGGUGCCCAUAACGUAUAAAUAA